UGGCCCAACGAGCAACGCGCACGACAAGGUCGGAGCCUGCUGUUACGCCAGCCACCCAACAAGCCGACCCAAAGAUCAUGUACUCCUCUUGGAACAAGCGCCCCCAGCGCAAGCCCGUGGAUGUGUCGCGGCCCUUGAUCCUCGGCGUUGUCGGCGGAUCGUGCUCCGGCAAGACGCGGUUCUGCAAAGACAUCCAGGACUAUCUGGAGAACAAGUACUCGGUGGCCAUCCUGUCGCAGAACCAGUUUUACAGGCCCGAGAUCGCCCACGAGCACACCGAUCACACGCUCCCAAACUACGACCACCCAGAUGCCUUUGACUACGAGCGCAUGGGCACGGUGCUGCGGGCGCUCAAGGCUGGCGAAUCUAUCCAGAUCCGCAAGUCGGACGUUGCCCCCGUCAGGCCAGAGCCGUCUGAGGAGAGCGUGACCAUUCCUGGCAAUGUGGACGUGGUGAUUGUCAAAGGCAUCCUCACCUGGUUUAAGGAGGAGGAUCUCUUUGACAUCAAGGUCUUCAUCUCCCUCGACCCAGACCUCCGCCUCAGCGAACGCGUGCUCCGCGACCGCAACCAGGGCCGCCGGCUGGACGACAUUCUCGACUACUACUUUGCAUGCGCAAAGCUCGCAUACGAGAAAUACACAGAGCCCCUGAGCGCCAGCGCCAACAUGAUCAUCCCACGCGGCAGCGAGAACCGAGUGGGCGUGGAGAUUGUUGCGUCGUACAUUGCAGAGAGCCUGCAGACACAGGAGGAGAGGGCGCGAAAUGGAGCAGUGGAAGACAAGAAGACCAAAGCCGCCACACCAGCAACAACGCCAUCACCUUCCUCCUCGUCAGCAACAACGGCAGCCCCAGCCAUCAUUGACGCAAAGGCGUGACAAGACAUGACGUGUUGUUGAGUGUUUGUUUGUGAGUGUGUUUGUAUUUGUGAGUGAGUGUGAGUGCGAUGUUUGUGUGCGUGUGUGUGUGCGUGUGUGUGUUGUUUGUGGAUGUGACGUGUUCGGGUCUCUCCUACAUUGCGCACUCCACGACGUGCCUGUCUCAGCCACCACCAGAAGCACGCACCGUCCAUGUGUUUGUUUGUGCGUCAGUUUUUUUUUAUCUUCCUUGUUGUGUUGCAUCCAACCCGGUACCUCCAUGUUUCAUUCAUGACGAAACUUUCAUGAAUUUUCGUCAUGUCACAUAAAUGACAAUUUUCUGCA